AUGAUUAUUCUAAUUUUCAUUACUUUUAUUGCUAAUUAUAAUUGUCAAGCAAUUGGAUCAGAUUCAUGUUCAUCUUUUACUGAAACUCCCUGUAUUGAAUCUGGAUAUUGUUAUUGGGAUAGCACUUAAUGCAAUCCAUAAUUGUGUCAUUUAGUGACUCAAUAGGCAGCUUGUAGAUCUGGUGGGGCAUUGCAAAUAGAAUGUUAACCAGUUUAUUAUACUCCUCCUCAAUUUGUAGCAUCUUGUUAUAGUACUGCCUAUACUGCAUAGAAGAUAUAUUUCUAUAGAUUUAUAUCAGACUUAUCAACAGAAGAUAUAAUGCAAACUUCAACAUAUAUAAUUGAACUUAGUAAUUCAUUACCUAGUGUGGAAGCAAUGGAUAAGUUAUAUUAACUUGAUUUUUUAUCUAGUUCUAAUACUCAAUUGAAUUCUAUUAUUGAUUUAUAUCUUAAUUAAGCAUCAAUCUUAAUAGGAUAGUAUUCUCAUCCAUAUUAUUUGGAGAGGGCAAUUUAUGAGAGUUUAUAAAAUAUUAGAGAUGAUAUACUUUCAAAUUUUCUUGAAAGAAGUGCUACAAUAUUCAAGAUAUUAGAACUGAUAGAUAUUUAUUAUUAGAGAUUAAGUACUUAUUCAGAAAAAUACUAUACUAUUUAUAAUUUUGUGAAUUUUAAUCAUAUUCAUUUUAAAUAUUUGGGAUUUGCAUUUCAAUAGUAAGCUGAAUUUUCAUGGAAUACAUAUCCAGAAAAUGGAUUUUUUUAAUUAACAGUAAUAUAUCCAUAAAUAUUUGGUAUUUAAUCUGCUGUUAGUCCUAUAUUCAUGAUAAGAAUAUCUAAUUAAAUUAAUUUAAAAUAUACUAUAAAAUGGGCAAUAACUACUACAUACACAGUUCAAUUAAAAAAUAUUGAUUUAGUCAAAAUGACAUUAUAUGAUGCUGAAUAUUUGUCUAUUUGUACUAAUGGAUACUGCACAGUUGAUAUAAAUGGAUCAGGUAAUUAUUUAUUCGUUGAUCCAACUAUAUCUAAUAGUUGUAAUGACAUAUUAGAUUUGACAUUGUGCAUUUUGGCUAAGUGUACAAUAAAUGCUAAUAUAUGUAAUUGA